CCGGCACUCCUAUGCAAAAGUUCAUUACCCAAUUUAUUCUUAUUAUUGAUUAUAUUCAGCUUUGGUUUAUCCUUAUACUAUAAUAAACAAUUGGAUGAAUAAGUAAAAUAAAAAUUUAUUUUAUACAUAUCAUACUCGCAGAAUCAGAAGAGUUUGGGCAUUGGAAAUGAGGAGCACAGGGACUUUAGCUGCAGCAGACUCUCUCUAUGUUCUUUUUCUUCUUUUGAUUUGUUACUAUGGCACAAUUGUUUCUGCAUACACAAAGUACAACACUGGAGCUGGUAUUGUUAAAGGAAAAUUGAACGUUCACUUGGUUCCACAUUCCCAUGAUGAUGUUGGUUGGCUUAAGACUGUUGAUCAAUACUAUGUUGGCUCCAACAAUUCCAUUCAGGGAGCAUGUGUUGAGAAUGUGUUGGACUCGAUCGUUUUUUCCCUUCAGAAGGAUCCAAACAGAAAGUUUGUGUUUGCAGAGAUGGCAUUUUUCCAUCGAUGGUGGGUAGAACAAAGUCCAGAAAUACAAGAACAAGUGAAAAGGCUUGUAGCUGCUGGUCAGCUAGAAUUCGUAAAUGGUGGUUGGUGUAUGCACGAUGAAGCCACAGUGCACUACAUAGACAUGAUUGACCAAACAACUUUAGGGCAUCGCUUUAUAAAGGACCAAUUUAAUACGACCCCUCGUGCUGGUUGGCAGAUUGAUCCUUUUGGACACUCUGCGGUCCAAGGUUACCUACUUGGUGCUGAGCUUGGAUUUGAUUCUGUACACUUUGCUAGAAUUGAUUAUCAAGACAGAGCUAAGCGAAAAAGUGAUAAAUCACUUGAAGUUAUUUGGCGUGGCUCCAAAACAUUUGGUUCUUCAGCUCAAAUUUUUGCCAACACUUUUCCUGUUCAUUAUAGUGCUCCACAUGGUUUCAACUUUGAAGUCUCUGGUGACUUUGUUCCCUUACAGGAUGAUCCUCUUUUAUUUGAUUCCAAUGUUGAACAACGUGUCAAAGAUUUUAUUGAUGCUGCUAUUACCCAAGCGAAUGUGACGAGGACAAACCAUAUCAUGUGGACAAUGGGUGAUGAUUUCCAGUACCAAUAUGCAGAGUCUUGGUUCAAGCAAAUGGAUAAAUUAAUCCACUAUGUUAAUAAGGAUGGUAGAGUGAAUGCCUUGUAUUCUACUCCAUCUAUUUACACCGAUGCCAAAAAUGCCGCAAACCAGUUGUGGCCACUGAAAACCGAUGACUACUUCCCGUAUGCUGAUGGAGCAAAUGCAUAUUGGACAGGCUUUUUCACUAGCCGCCCGGCCUUAAAGCGAUAUGUUCGGAUUCUAAGUGGAUACUAUUUGGCCGCACGUCAACUUGAAUUUUUUGCCGGUAAGAGAUCGACUUUAGAUGAUACUUUUGGCCUUGGAGAUGCUCUAGGAAUUGCACAGCACCAUGAUGCUGUGACUGGCACUGCCAAACAACAUACAACUGAUGACUAUGCGAAACGAUUGGCUAUUGGAGCCUCUAAGGCUGAAGUGGUUGUUAGCACUUCUUUGGCAGUUCUUGCUAGUAAGAAAUCAGGUGAUCAACGUUCAGCACUUGCAUCAGCAUUUUCCCAGUGUCAAUUACUCAAUAUCAGUUAUUGCCCUCCAACAGAAGACAGCAUUCCACAAGCUAAAGAUUUGGUAGUUGUGGUGUAUAACCCCCUUGGAUGGAAUCGUACCGAUAUAGUCAGAAUACCAGUUAAUGAAGCUAAUCUUGUGGUGAAAGAUUCAUCGGGCAAUAAGGUUGAAGUACAGUAUGUGGAUGUGGAUGAUGUUACAACAGAUUUAAGAAAAUUAUAUGUAAAGGCCUAUUUGGGAUUGCGUCCGAAACAAGCCCCAAAAUACUGGCUUCUGUUUCAAGUGUCAAUACCUCCACUCGGAUGGAGCACUUACUUCAUUUCUAAGGCAGCUGGAAAAGGUAUAAGGAGAAAAGGAGACCUCUCACACCUCAACAGUAAGAAUGGUGAGAACAUUGACAUCGGACCGGGAAAUUUGAAGAUGUCAUUUUCUUCAACCUCUGGACAACUCAAACGGAUGUAUAAUUUCAAAACUGGAGUUAAUAUACCAAUUCAGCAAAGCUACUUUAGGUAUGGCUCUAGUGAGGGUGACAAUACUGAUUCUCAGGCAUCUGGUGCAUAUAUAUUCCGCCCAAGUGAAUCCUCUCCAACUAUUGUUUCAAGAUCAGUCCCCUUCAAGGUAAUUCGUGGACCGCUAGUUGAUGAGGUUCAUCAGAAGUUUAAUUCUUGGAUUUACCAGGUUACUAGGCUGUACAAAGGCAAAGACCAUGCUGAAAUUGAAUACACUAUUGGGCCAAUUCCUACCGAUGAUGGAGUAGGAAAAGAGGUAAUCACAAGAAUGACAGCAAAUAUGGUCACAAACAAGGAGUUUUAUACUGAUUCCAAUGGAAGAGAUUUUCUGAAACGGGUUCGAGAUCAUAGGGAAGACUGGCCACUUCAAGUUACUCAGCCUGUAGCAGGAAACUACUAUCCACUCAAUCUUGGGAUCUAUACUAAGGAUAAGAAAUCUGAAUUCUCAGUCUUAGUCGAUCGUGCCACCGGUGGAGCCAGCAUCAAAGACGGUGAAGUUGAAUUGAUGCUUCAUAGGCGCUUGAUCGAGGACGACGGUAGAGGAGUAGGGGAACCACUCGAUGAACAAGUUUGCAUAGCAAAGGCUGAUAAUAAUAGUACAUGUGAUGGACUAACAGUUAGAGGAAAUUACUAUAUCGGAAUCCACAACGUUGGAGCUGGUUCACGCUGGCGUCGUACAACUGGUCAAGAAAUUUACUCACCAAUAUUAUUAGCUUUUACACAUGAGAAAUCAAAAAAUUGGAAGUCCUCUCAUUUAACCAAAGGAACUCUCAUGGAUCCUAAUUACAGCUUGCCUCCUAAUGUUGCCUUGAUAACUCUUGAGGAGUUGGAUGGUGGAAUCGUUCUUCUCCGUUUGGCACAUCUAUAUGAGCCAAAUGAAGAUGCUCAAUAUUCAGCUCUAGCCAAAGUUGAACUGAAAAAGUUGUUUGCGACAAAAACGAUAAAAGAGUUGAAAGAGGUAAGUUUAUCAGCUAACCAAGAGAAGUCAGAAAUGAAGAAAAUGACAUGGAAGGUUGAAGGGGACAAAGGACAAGAACCUCAAGCAGUAAGGGGGAGUCCUGUCAGCACUUCAGAUUUUGUUGUUGAGCUUGGUCCUAUGGAAAUACGUACUUUCCUGUUGGAAUUUUAAAAAUUAGUGUCUCAAAAUCCUCAUUGAUGUUUUUUAUUUUAAGAAGAAAUAAACAUGUGUAUAAUAAUGAUUGUUAUAUUCUAUUACUAAUUGCAAAGAGCUCAAUAAUAUGUGGAUUCUGCAAAUAAAUUAAGUGUCCUAUAUCAUCUAA